AUGCAGAAGAUCGUACUCGUCGCCCUCGCCCUAUUCGCCGUAGCGGCCGCCGCCCCGCAGCACGGACAAGCCCCCGCGGAACACCCUGUGUACAUCCUCAAGCAAGACGCUGAUGUGUCCCACGAUGGGUACACCUUCGACUUCGAAACAAGCGACGGUACAUCACGCCAAGAGAAAGGCACCCUCAAGCAGAUCAGCGACGACCACCAAGCUCUCGAAGUGUCCGGCAGCUACAAGUACAUUGGUACCGACGGCCUGACAUACACCGUCACCUUCGUAGCUGACGAGCACGGCUUCCAGCCCCAGGAGCAUGUUGAGCAGCCCCAGCAAUAGGCACCAACUUUUGUACCACGGAAGAGAAUGACUAGCGGAGAUGUCAUAUCGCAAAGUCUGUUAAGAAAGUAGCCCGCCAAAAUGCAGGUGUUCGGGGAACGAGGAGUUCUUUAGAAACCGCCCAUUUUAUUUAAAUCCAAAGCACUAAUCAAUAAAGACCAAUCUUCGAUAGAUUCGUCUUGAUAUGACAAGGAACCCGAAUGCGUGG